AAUUUAAUCCCUUUCACAGACAAGACCGGAAAGUAAUUGUGUUUUGUUAUGUAGCUUUCGACUGGUGGAGAAACCGUUCACACGUUUUAAACACCGAUUCCCAACAAAUUCAAAUGUUUUGCCAACAUUUCGUAUUAGAAUAGUAGCACAAAACCUGAGAAGCGGUCGAGGAAUUUUGCGCGACCCCAAGUGUACAAAAACCCUUCAGAUUUCAAGGACCACCAAGUUCUCUAUUUUCUAUGUAAAGCGACGAGCCAAGGAGGUAAAAAAGCAAAGCAAAUCCCACAACCGAAGGAGGACCAGAUGUGCUAGCCAACAAACCAGGUCCGCAGCCAGUCCCAGACGAGUCCGCAGAAAGCAAAGAAGAAGCCAUCAGCCAGUCAUUGUGUAAGAGAUCCCAGAAAGGAGUUGCCAGAUCGAACGACAUGUGGUCCCACCAGUACAAGGUGCGUCCGCAGAUGCACCUGCCCUUAGUCCACGAGCAGAUCGCGCUGCAGUGCGCCCGGAACAUAGUGCGUGUGGCCUCCGCCAUGCCGCAACCGCAGCCGCGCUGUCCAUCCGGCUAUAUGGCCGUGCUCGUGGAGCUCCGCCGCGUGGACGAGCCGACCGUGCACCGCUACCAGGUGAACGUGCCGACCACGGGCUGGCCGACCGGUGAGUCGCAGGGCCCGGAGGAGCAGGAAAGCGUGCAGCAGCUGGUGCUCCCCGGCACACUGGAAACAAUGGGCCUGAAGGUCCCUGGACCAGAACGACCUCCGUGUCCAAUGCACGGUCGUGCCAUUAUGGACGCAGGCAACGCCACCGAAGUCUGGUCGCCGGACUCGCACUCUGGGCCACCGCCUCUGGUUAUGACCCAGUGCUCCAUGCACUUGGUUAAUGACCAGAACCCCAAGGAAGUUGCCACCUUUAGCGAGCCUGCCGUGGCUGGCGAACCUCCGGAAGCCCUGAGGGCUCACUUUAUGGCCAGUCUCUACCAGCAGCACCCCAGUCCGCUGAGCUACUCGGACAUCUGGGUGCACGGAGGAACUCCGGGCCAGGGCCCCUCGUGCCCACGGGAGAUAUCAUCCCAACCUCGCAGCCCGCAGCUCUGCUUGGGGGAGAGCAACGAGUAUGUGGCCACCUCGGAAGCACGACGGAUCAAUGGGCUCAAGGAGGCUCCCAAAAGAACUCCUGGAAGUGGAAACGGAAAUGGAAACGAACCCCGCAUGAUGGCCGAGCUGUGCCUGGACAGCAACGGGGAGUAUGUGCCCAAUGAGCAGCUGCAGCGCCUCUCCAACGGCCACCGCUCGCAUGCGAUCCCCAAAGAAAUGAGGACGGAGCCGAACUUCUAUGGGCAGCACCAGAGCCAGCAUGCAGAAUCGCCACCCAAAGGACCCAACGGCUACAAGGGCGAGUUUUGUGGCUAUAGCUACAUCGGCAAGGAGCCCGGAAAGCCCAAGAACGGCUACAAGGAUGGCUUCUCGGAGCGAGGAAAAGUCCUGGCCCAGGUGCAGGCGCAGGAGCCGAGUCCAGUGAUGGGUCGAGUGGCGAUGAUAGAGCCGCGUAUUCGCCAGGAGGCGCCCGUUGGUUUGCAGGACAACCUGUCCUUGCCCAGUCUACCAGCAGUGACGGUGCCCUCGGCUCCACCCCAGGCUUAUCCACGAGAGCUGCAGGCCCUCUUCCGCUGGAACUACUGCGCCCUGUGCCACACGGUCAUGCGGUCGCAACGAAAUGCGCUAGACCACUAUGCAUCGCGGGCGCACGACCGCCGGAUCAGCUCCUGGCUGGUGCGCCACUGCCCCACUGGCCACGCCGGACAGGCUGUGGGCGCCGUGGGCGUAUCGGAUGAGACGCUGCAGUACCUGCGCGCCCUCCGCCCGGCGGACUUCUACUGCGAGCUGUGCGACCUCAAGCUGACCUCGAUGAUGCACGCCCAGCAGCACUUCUUCGGACGCCGCCACCGCAUGGUGGCCCGCCAGAUGACAAAGCCCAACGGAGAGGGCUUCUACGAUCCGGAGGGCAGGUGGGUGCGCACGGACGCCAAGUUCCUGAUGUGCGAGCUGUGCGACGUGAGCAUCACCUCGGAGUCCCAGAUGGCCAUGCACAUGGCGGGCGCUCGUCACCGGAGGCGGGUGCACUCCGUCUACGCGGCUAGAUGUGCCGAUGGCAUGGCUCUGGGCAUGGACAUAAACGUGGGCGGGGGUGUGGGUCUGGCUCCUUUCAAUGGCGGUCAAAUGUACGGGAUGAACGCCAAUGCAUCUCUGGCCCCUCUGAGGCCCAUGGGCCUGCAGAUCCUCCCGGCCCCCCAGCCACGUCCCAUCGGCGAUCCCGUGGCCGCCUACUACUGCCAGGCAUGCAACAUCACGCUGAACCACGUGAAGUCGUUGAAGCAGCACGAGCAGGGCCGCAUGCAUCGCCGCAAUGUGCACAGGCUGCCAGGACAACCGGUAUUCUACGAGUGAGCUUGCGGAUUGAGGGAUUGGGAGAAACAUUGGAUGCAGCCUCAAAUAGUAUCUGAGGGCCGGAGUUCUGGAAUCGCCGCACCCACGUCCACCCUCCGGCCGAUAUCCAUGCUGAGCUGUGUGUUAUUACCAAUUUAUUUUUGAUCAUCUACCUUUUUUUUAUGUUUUCUAGUAGUAUAAUAAAUAUCCCCAAAACCCCAAAA